AAACAAGAAUUUGAAAUGAGUGGCCGUUUGAAUAAACAGUGUAAAUAACACAUUAGUUCAAACUUCAAAAAACCCCACUUCCUUCCUUCAAUGCACCAACAUCAAUAAAAACAAAAAAACUCAAUUUUCUUCCUUCGAAUUCGCCCAUUUUUAUCUCUCUCUAGAGAGAUAAACAACACCAGCCGUAUACACAUCUUCGAGGGAGAGAGAGAGAGAGAGAAGAGGAGCUCGAUACCAUGACUGGAAUGGUUAUGGUGACGAGGGGCGGUGGCUGCGCCGGCAAGAGCUCAAAAUCCGCUGCAGCUGAGGAGCACGAUAAGCAGCAGCAGCAGCUCUCUUUGCUAGAUUUCAUUUUAUCAGCUCUGAGAAAAUCAAUGGUGUCUACGUGCCGCAUCGACAGACAAGAUCAGGAAGUGAUAUCGGCCGUCCAUCACAUGGAAAUCGGGUGGCCCACAAACGUUCAGCACAUAACUCAUGUCACAUUUGAUAGAUUCCACGGUUUUCUUGGGCUCCCUGUUGAGUUCGAGGUUGAGGUUCCUUGUAGAGCUCCGAGUGCUAGUGUGAGUGUGUUUGGGGUGUCAGCGGAGUCGAUGCAGUGCUCUUACGACAAUAGAGGGAAUAGCGUCCCGACUAUAUUGUUGUUGAUGCAGGACAGAUUGUAUUCACAAGAUGGUCUUAAGUCGGAAGGGAUAUUUAGGAUAAAUCCGGAGAAUGGGCAGGAGGAGCAUGUAAGGGAUGAGCUCAACCGAGGCAUUGUGCCCAAAGACAUUGAUGUUCAUUGCCUAGCCGGUUUGAUCAAGGCGUGGUUUAGGGAGCUCCCGUCUGGGGUUCUUGACGGGCUUUCGCCAGAGCAGGUGUUGCAGUGCAAUACGGAGGAGGAGGCAGUCGAGCUAAUCAAGCAGCUGAAACCAACCGAGAGCGCACUGCUCAACUGGGCAGUUGAUCUCAUGGCUGAUGUGGUCGAGCACGAAGAAUCCAACAAGAUGAAUGCCAGAAACAUUGCUAUGGUCUUCUCCCCAAACAUGACUCAGAUGUCUGAUCCUUUAACUGCUCUGAUGCACGCUGUUCAAGUAAUGAACUUGCUGAAGACACUCAUCACGAAGACGAUACGAGAGAGAGACGAGGCUGGUGAUGGAGGAUACUCGCCCUCGUCCUCUCUCUCAUCGGAGAGGCAGUCCGAUGAGGAGGAGGAGUAUGAUAGCCAUCAGGAGAUGGAGACGAGCUGCGAGUCGGCCUCGGAUGAGGAGGAGAGAGACGAAGUCGAGUCGUUGAGCGAGAUAGAAGAGUGCUUCUUGAGGCAGCUUAAUGAGAACCAGAAUGCCAAAAAUGGAUUCUGCAAGCAGCUUGAGGGGAUUCUGUGCAGGGACCAGGAGAGUGGCUCCUCUCCCUUCAAUGCAGAUUCUUGCCUCUCCGUAUCGGAUAGUCGAGUCGGGAGCUCGUUCCUCAGCACCAGCGACGGAGAGGACUCGAGAAUGAGUUCGACUGCUGCUUCAGGACUUAAGAUGGCCGCAGAGAACCCGCCCUCUGCAGCCAUACAUGAACUCAACGACGUUGCCGACCACGAUAUGGUCGACGGCAACGUCGUAACAACGGAGCAGCUGCAUGUCCCAGAUGCAGCUGCUGUUUGAUUUAGUUAGUGACAUGUUGUUUUAGGAUCUAUAUUUUUCAGCUGUGCCUGCUUUUGUAAAUUAAUUUACUCUGUUGUAAGUUUUAGGCCAUUGAUAAGACAUAGAUUGGUUUGGUUGUAAGUCACUGUUCAGUUUAGGGCUGAAAUAGUGCUCCAUUUCUCCUCCCCUUUGCUCCACCAGCAAAGUUUAGAUUUCCAGAAAAUCAAGAAUAUCGAUCAUCAAUUUGUACCUUAUUUCUGACUGUAAUUUUUUCAGAGACGUUUACUUCUAGCA